AUGCCGAUGCACGAAUAUACCUUCGACUCCGCCCAUAUCCUCCAGAACGCCUUACGCGACACAUACCUGGCGCGUGUCUACACCACGCGAACCACUUCAGAAGCGCCGUUUUCGCGCCAGCAGACUGUGCUCGAGCACCAACCGACGUCAACAGAGGCAGUCAUCGACUGGCAAGCGAAAACCUUCCGGAUUGGGACCGGUGCUGGGACAACAAAGUCGGUCGAUAGCCUGAAGCGUAGCCCCACGUUCUCCACCUCGCGUUACUGGCGCUGGGGCACCGGCGAAGAAUAUAAGGUCAAAUAUUCUGAUGGCAGCUGGACGGUCAGCUCGUCGACAGGCGCCCUCAUCGCCUCCCUCUCUUCCGCAACCGAACACAUUAUCCGUCAGAACCUCAACUCGCUCCCCGUCCUUCGGCUCGCACGCACUGUCGCCGAUGAGACACAGCGCCAGUUCCUCAUCCUCUUGCUGCUCUACUCGGAGACGAGGAGGAUAGAGCGACAAACUUAG